GGAUUCUUGGAGGCCAAAGAGAUUAGGACGCGGAACCGACCCUACGGCGGACCAUCACCUUGCUACAGGCAUCGCCUUUUCUUCAUGAGACAGUAGAAUUUCGGUCUUCCGACCCGUUUUCCCUGUAGAACCAAGGUUAGGGCUUGGUGGCUUCUCGACAUCCUCGAAGACGUCGCCGGAGAAAUCCAUUGAUGCCGUUGUAGAGUUCUGUUGACGAUUCUCUUUCGUUGAGGAUCUGACUGGAGGAGAUUGGUUGACUUUGGAGUUUUUCUGAUUCCGGUGGCUUGCGGAAUAUGCUUCCGUUAUUAAGAUGUCUUUUUUGGAUAAAUUUUGAUGGUGUUUUCUUCUUUAAAGUGUUGAUUUCGUUGGUUUCUACCUUUGGCUAUAUUCAGAAAAAAAUUCUUCUAAAUCGGGAGGAUUCAUUUUGCCCCCUGGGUGUAAAAAAGGCCAAAAAGAUAGUUUUUUUGUGGUACGAUAGCUGCCAACUGAAGUUAGACUACCGUACGUUCUCAGUCGACAAGGAUGAGGUCAUUUGCUCGAGCUCUUCGACAAGUUCGAGCUCCAUCUGGGGUUCAUCGGGGAGCGCUUUCGCACACUGGGUUAGGGAAAGAUGGGAAAGUCUUGAAUCUGGGUAAUUCAGUUGCUGAUUGUUCGCGGAGCGCCUUUCACGGCAGAGAAAUUGGUAGAUAUUUGAACCAGAGUACGGUGCUAUCGAGAUCUCUAUCUACUCCUGCAGCAAAUGACUCUGAAGUGUCUAACAAUGCUGGAGGAGCUGGCCCUUUGUCGGAGUAUGAAAGGAGAAUUGCAUCAGGAGAACUUGCUGAUGGAGAUGACUUUCAGGUAGAUACCAUUCAAGAACUGCAAAGGCUCUAUCGGGAGCUUGCUGAGCUUGAAGAGAGUUGCCAAUUGGAUAGAUAUACUGCAUCCAAGAAAUCUCAGAGGAGUAGGUGGCUAUGGUCCCGUCUCAUUCCACAAUCUUCAUAUUCACCAGUCAAAGGUCUAUACCUGUAUGGAGGAGUAGGCACUGGAAAAACAAUGCUUAUGGACUUGUUUUUUGAUCAACUGCCAUCUAAUUGGAGGAAAAAAAGAAUUCAUUUCCAUGAUUUUAUGUUGAAUGUGCAUAGCCGCCUGCAGAUGCACAAAGGAGUAUCAGAUCCACUUGAAGUCGUCGCAGGAGAGAUAUCAGAUGAAUCCAUUCUUUUAUGUCUUGAUGAAUUUAUGGUAACUGAUGUGGCUGAUGCUCUGAUAUUGAAUCGUCUUUUUCGGCAUUUAUUCAGUGAAGGCAUUGUCCUUGUCUCAACUUCAAAUCGUGCUCCAGAUCAGCUGUAUGAAGGUGGAUUGCAGAGGGACCUAUUUUUACCAUUUAUUGAGACCUUGAAGGAAAGGUGUGUAGUUCAUGCAAUUGGCUCAUCAACUGACUACCGGAAAAUAGGUUCGGCUGAGAAAGGUUUCUAUUUUAUUGGAAAGGGGCACACUGGAUUUUUAAAACAGAAGUUUCAGCAUUUGAUAGGACAUGAUAAACCUGGACCGCAAGUUGUAGAAGUUGUUAUGGGAAGAAAAUUGCAGGUUCCUUUUGGUGCUAAUGGAUGUGCAUAUUUUCCAUUUGAAGAACUUUGUGAUAGACCUUUGGGGGCAGCAGACUACUUUGGACUAUUUAAAAAUUUUCAUACGCUUGCCCUGGAUGGGGUGCCAAGAUUUGGGAUCCACAACAGGACUGCAGCAUAUCGCUUUGUCACAUUGGUUGAUGUGAUGUAUGAAAACAAGGGUAGGCUGCUAUGCACAGCCGAGGCAUCCCCAGUCGAACUCUUUGAAAGUAUUGUGACAGUUGCCGAUGCUCAAAAGAUAUCACCAAGAACAUCAUCGCGGUCGCAGAAGAAAGAUGAUGUUGAUCUUUGUGUCGACAACGAGCUAGGAUUCGCUAAAGACCGCACAAUUAGUAGAUUAACCGAGAUGAACAGCAGGGAGUACUUGGAACAGCAUGAAGCCAGAUUGCAGGAGAAGGCCUCUGGAGAAGCACAUCUUAAUGGUGUUUUUGUAGAAGCAUGAUUACCUUUUCUUUUGACAUUAUUCUCUAUAUAGUCCAUUAAGGAGCAAUUGAUAUCAUCAAUAAUGUCAUCAGAGGCUUCAGAUAUAAGGCAGAGAAGCCUGCUUACCCUGUAGAUGAGGAAGCCCCGAAUAAUCUUGCUUAUGAUGAAUCAUAAUGGCCUAUCUAAUCUUAUUUGUAUUUUUUUGGGUAUGAUACCGAAUGUUGAUAAAUAUCCUGUAUUAUUUUCUUAUCUGUGCAAGCUCAGAACGAGUUAAUAUUAAAUAUUGGUGACGGAUUUUGGUGUA